GGGUUUGUUAUAUCAUGGUUUCACUAUAUUCCUCAUCAUGAAGCAUAUUAGCCUAAUGACUUUUUUUAAUAAUGUAAUUUGUACAGUAGAACGCCUUAUAAAGCGAACAAUUCGUUAGAAUAAAUGAAUGAAGCGGAGAUACUUUCUAAAAAUUUGUUUUUAUCAACUCACAAACGGUGGGCUGGCUUAUCAUAACAUAGGUGACGGGGCUAUAAUCGCCGGGCGGCGGCUCGAACCUUCUGCUUUUGAACCUAUCAGAAAAUGGUGGCCAAUUUACCUUAAUUAUCACCUCAGCUGGUAAAACCAAUGUGUUUUGCUAGCUUACGUUCAGAUUCGUUUCUGUCAAUGCUUUGUAAAAAUGGCAUCCAGUUACUGGAAUGAAUUUUGUAUCCUUGCUGCUUGAAGAGCUGGAUUGCCUUUGAUUUCUCAAACCUUUUCCAUUUUAGGCUUGGAUUUCAGUUUCGAUUCGCCAUCAUCCAUGACAAUGGUGUUAAUGAACUGGAAAUUGAGGAUUAUUUCUUGAAUCGUCUAAGACUGUGGAGGGAACAAAGAGGUAGGUGACUAGAUAUUUCAUUUUAGGCCUUUGUAGCCCCCCUCGGGGGGGGGGGGGGGGGUGUGGGGGGGGGGGGGGGGGCAGUUAGUAACUAGCUGGUAUUAUCGCACCGUUCACCGUUAUGUGAACAAAUUAAGACUUUAAAACACAAAAGCAAUUGCUACACUACUCCGACAGUCCACAACGGGGUGCGGUUGUAUUAAAGGCACAGCUUAAGCUGAAUACUGGCUGUUUUGUUUCGCGAUACAGUUGCUCUUACUCGUUAUUUUGUGCCCACUAAACGCUGGCGACGUAUUUUGCGUCAGUUCAGAAUUGUUUCCCUUGAUGGCCUUCACUCUUGACUGGGGUUUUUCUGGAAACAUUUGAUAGUCCUUGCGUGAAUGGUGGUGUUAGACGAAUGGAUUUGUUUGCGUGAUGCAGUGUUAAGACCCUAGUCAUCUAUUUAGCAAGCAAACAAAACUGCCAUGUUAACAAAACACAGAGUUUCCUAAGAGUGAGCAAGGCGACCAAGAGGUUUUCAUGGCCUUGUUUUACAAUAUUAUCGUCUCAUUUUCUUGUAACAUUUUAACUGACAGCAAAAUAUAGGGUUUGUCAUCCGUGGCGGGUGACAAGUAAUAUGGUUUUGUUUUGAUUUACAUCUAUGCUUUACUAUUUCAGGACAGACGAAAGCCAAAAGUAAGCCGGCUGAAAAAUGGAACCCUCGAUUCUUUGAAGAUCUCCACGAUCUCCCUUGCAUCAUCAUCGUUAGUGGCCGAGAGAGGCCAGGAGAUACGUUUCCCAGGUAAAGAAAUGCAGUCAAUUGACGUGUACUGUCCAACUUUGUUUGGAAUACAAGGCCGGCGCUUUCAAAAAGUCAGAACUGACCGGCUAGACCGGUCAUGGUAAAAAAAUGAAAUUUUAAUCUUUUCUUCAAAUUUUUACUUCAACCCAUCACAUCUGUGCACCUCAUUUAGGAAUUAACUGAUCUGGCUGGAUAGUUCUGAUUAAUAGUGGAAUUCUCCUGACCACUGGACUGGACCGGGCCAGCCAGUUUUCACAAUUUUAAGUGCCCUUAGUCACUAGUGAGAAGAGGUGCCCUGCCCUAUGAAGAGUGUUUUGAGAGGUUAGGAAGCACCGAAAUGCCUUUUUGCUCAAGAAACGUAGAAAAAGUAGGAAGUACAGGGUUAAGAAAGUUAGACUCAGACGGUCCGAGGACGCACUGAGAGGGACGACGGAGAGAUUGUGAGUGAGCGAUCUCGGAUGGCAUGUGAAAAUAAGGCCAUGAGAAAGUGACCCUCUGUGUGUGUAUCCCUCCAGGUCGUUGAAGUACAUGGACUUGAGGUUGAUAGACAGAGGGUUUGUCUACCGAUCUUCAUUGGAACUGGAAUUCAGUGCGAUAGCCUGUUACAUUGGUUCUGGCUCGGGCUCGCGAGGUGUCGAGAGCAAUGAGCCUAAUGGCCAAGCAGACUCAAAAGAUGAUUCCAAUGGAGCAGGCAGUGGUACAGUGUGCAGAACAAGCCAUUAUUCUUCCGCCUAUCCAUUACCAGUGAUUCUGGUAUCUCGCUCUGUGUUCAAGGCCUUCCAAACAGAUUUCUAUGGUUAUCCGAAGCAUCUGCUCUUGCCAACGACUCCACAGACGCGAUGGGUUGGUCUGGGACGGCCACCCGUUGUGACGUCCAACCCAAGACACCAGUCGCUUUACUACAGGGAGUGGACCGAACCCAAACCCAAACAGGUCCCUGGUCCUCAACAAGAUGCCUCCAGCAAGUCAGUCAUAACCCUGCGCAGUGCAAGUGGAGUGGUUAUCAGUCCCGAUAUAUCGGGUAGGUCUUAACUCUGUUCUAAUAAUAGACGAGUGUCACGGAAAAAAGAAAGGGAGGGGAAGGGGAAAAAAGCGGGGUGUCAGGAGGGAGGGAGGAAGGGUGUCUGGAGGCGGUUAAGAGCUAGGGAAGGCAAAGUGAUGGAGAGGUUCCCCUUUAAGUUUAAUGCUUUCUUCAUUUUACGCUCUGCAACUCGAAGUUUGGUGAGUGCUUUCUUAGGCAUCCUAAGAAAAUAGAAUCGUUAUGAAAUUCUUCUUUCCACCAUGCGCUGACCUGUUUAAGAACACCGGGUGAAUUUAUUACGAAUACGUGUUUAUUUAUUUAUUUUGGCGUUCACCGAGCAUCGUGAUAAAAAAAAAUUAAAAAGGCUAAGAAUUUGGGGAUCAGUUAGGGUGGGCGGAACAAAGAAAACUCUGCCUACAGGCCCUUCACUAGUCGGUACCAGAACUACUUGAACACCUGUCGAUACAGAGAUGAAUGUGAAUAAUAACCAUUGAACGUUUUUUAUUCAACUAAAAAAUCUUUGUUUUGUUGUUAUCAUGUACUCAGUAGUGAAGCAGCUCCAUCAUUCGAUAUAUAAUCUUAUCACAACUCACAAUCUCUUGAUUUCUUGCCACUAAAGGCUAAGGGCCAAAAUAUCAGUAAAUCUCUCUACGGUGGCAAAAUCCUUUCCUAUACAAUUCCAUUUUAGUGCCCAUGUAAACAACAAAAAGAGACUAACGCGGGGAUACCAAUGCCGAAACUUCUAAACUUUUAGUGGGCAAGUUGUUUGAAGACCGAUUGUCGCUAACUUGGGUUGAAUUUUAAUCCGGGUUAUCUUUUUCUUUUGUUCAAAACAUUUUCCCAGUCAAUUUGAACUAGUCAUUUUAGAGCGUCCAAGCAUCAAUUUGUAGGCUAAAAGAAUUAAAAGGAAUUUUCUUUGUAGGCGUUUAUAUUUGAAUUCAAUUUUCGCGCUAAUCCUGGGUUACCUUAUUCCUGCCGGCUUGGGACCCUGGCCCAACCCUGAUGGAUUAACGAUAAAGUGAUCAAGGCUCACCUCUUUCAGAUGACCACAGACCAUUUACUGCAUUGUAAAUGUCACUUCCUUCAUUUAAACAGUGAAACUUGCCGCUCUUUCAUGAACUGUGAAACAGUAAAAACAUUUUGGUCUAUAUAGAAAACAAACUAUUACAGUGAUCCCCGAAAUAAUGACCCCCUAUACUCCGGGGACACUCGUCACCUCAGUAAUAGUUCAAUUGUCAGUAUGGUACAGGACUCCGAUAUUUAUAACGUACCCGUCUUAAAACCAAUACGUUAUACUGGGGCCAGUUUCACUGUAGUUGACUGAUAUGUAUUAUCAUGCUAAACAUUAAUGUAAGAAUUUUUUGGUUGCUCUUGGCAGUUAAAAAUUACAGGGAUAUUUACAUCGGGUUGGUUUAAAACAAAUCUUCCCAUUAGUCGGCAGAAGGCGUUAGAAAUCAAAUUGUCAACUACCGAAAACAAGGCUGGUUAAUAAUUCGAUAAAGGGGCUCUUUUCAAAAUAAACUGUAGUGAUUUGUCGGUGGGGAAGUAAACAUAACAACUUUGACUCGAUCUGACAAAGGGCUAGUGCUCAAAACAUCAGAUGUACUUUAUCAACUCAGUUGAUAAUACUAAAUUAUUCUGCGACGAAUAAUUAGGCUCAGUUGUGCUGCAAAAGCGCCUAGAAAAGGGAAUUCAUUAUUGGCUGUGGAUAAACCAUCAACUCGUGAAACACGAAGCUGGCCAAAAGUACCUGGCACUUGUUUCUAUUGGGGAAUCGUUGUAGGUUAGGUUGAGCAUGUGAAUAAUUGUAUGAAAAUCUUCAGAUGUUGUUGAAGAAGAUGGGAUGUCUGCAGUGGAAUCCUUUGCUGAAAGCAACAGAAUGGCUUCAGGUGAAGUGAUAUAAAUAAACCGCUGCAAGAAAUCCUCGAUCUUUCUGUUUAUGCACACUAAACGACCGUAAACGAAAUUCCUAAGAAUGUCUCCUAAAAGAUACCCUCGAUAACGUUAAUGCAUAAUAGUAAACUGCAUGCACUACUAAUUUUGCUCCGACAUAAUUAUAGUAAUAGACAAUUCAUUCACUUAAAUUUAAUCAUCUGUCUGUAUGUGGUGUUAAGCAAUGUGAUUCUUUUUUAAAUAUUUUUUUAUUAAUGAUUUUCUGAACUUUACAUACAAAAUAAAAGUAGAAAAAAAGGGAAAAAAACAAACAUAUUUAGUGAUAAAAGGCUGUGAUCAAGUGAAGCCCACACAGUCACGCACACAUUGUAACCUACGAUAAACACAAAAAGACACCCACACACACACACACAGAAAGCAACUACAGCAAUACAGUAUCCUAGUGAGUAAUGUACAAUAUCUUCAAGUUUAAUUACAAUAAUAAGGAAACUUACAAUAUCAAUGAAUUAUCGGAAACGGCAUUGAUUAAGUUUCCCUCUUUUUUAGAUGAGUUUUUAAUUUUAGGAUUCUACUGAAUGUGUUACGUAUAUUAGAGACUGCUGCAACGACUUACUUUGGAAGACUUGUUAACAUAACUUGGAACAAAUAUCUGUGAAUCAAAGCCAGAAGUUACAAACGAUUCAUUGACCAACUCUAGGAAAACCAAAAGACAGCAACAGACAACUAUACAGCUCGAUGUGUAUUGUGGUGGUUGAGGAAGGAUCGAAACCAGUUACCACAUGUGUUUAGAGUCUUCAUUGCCGAUAACAUUAGGCUUAACUGACAGACGACCAAUAGCAUUGCGAAUUAAAUGAUCAACUAGGUCAAUAACCGGAGUUUAAUACCAUUAACUGACGAUACAUACACAGCUCACUUUGACUCUGGCAGUAGUGACGACUACUGCACAGGUUGUCGAAACUUCAGACACUGUUCACAACACUUUUACGGAAGGACAUAUUCAAACUCUUUUUGCUAACAUGACUUCAAAGUUCAAGCCAUUUACAAUGUUAAAAUAAUUCGGUAAAUUGUUCAUAUUCGGGAGAACGGCCAAUAACAUAAAUCCACUUUGUUUGUUUGCUUUUUUAAAUCCUACGCUGUCUCGAUAUAAACACGCUUCUCUAAACUCACUGGUGCGCAUGCACGAUAUAAUAAAGUCUGUUAUUAAUUCAAGAUCCCACCUGUUUGUGUAACAUGACAGUACUCUGUGAGAGGUCAUUUCACAAGGAGUACUGCAACCGCACACGGAAUUGAGACUGGUCAGAAGUCAUAUUUGAUUCUUUUUUCAUGCAGGCACUAGUGAGGGAGAGGACAGCAGCAGUGAAGAUUCAAAGGCGAGUACAGAAAAAGGAGGAGAGAAGAAAACGGCAAGAGAUUCGGACAAAAUAGAAAGACAUGGCCAUCACCAGCCUAUCAUUGGUAAGAUAUAAUAAUUCAAAUAAGACAGGCCAUAGAGACAAAUAGUGUUUCGGCUUUUAAAUGCUGUGCCGUUGAAGAACAUAAUUCAGGAGGCCGGAGCGAACCACAAUGUGAGCACAGUUACUCAUGGGUAACAGUGGCACAAGUGGUCCUAUUACAGCUGGCAAGUUGGCCGCCUGUUACAGUUGCUGCUACAAGUCCACAUUCGAUGCGUACGAACUAGUAUUGGGACCUCAUUUUGAGCCGUAUUUUGUGCCGCUCCUAUCAGGGGAAGCAUUGUAACAGUACCAAGAAUCUACUCUUUUUUUAUCUCCUUUUUUUCAAAAUAGUUCAAUAAAAGCGAUUAAGAGAAAUUCUCCAGUAAAGCUUUUUCAUUACUCGUUAUUACUUAUUUUGUACGUAGGUCCCGCUCUCCUGCAUCGUCUGUAUGGAAUGGCACCCAGCUCCCGGCAAGGAGAUCAGAAUGAUGACAAAAGAAAGGUUGAAGCGGAGAAUUCUAGGGCUGAAAAGUAUCACCCCAGAACACUGCUGUUUAGUGGACCCCCCCAGGUACGCUGGCGAGUAGCAAGUCAGUCAUUUGAUAGCUCACAAACUACGGUCAAACCUGUAUUAAGCGCUCGACCGAUCACCCGUGGGCAAUGAGUUACUGACCGGGGCUUAAUAAAGGUUUUACAUACCUAUUAUAAGAGUUAUUGACGAAAAUGAUGACAGUGAAGGAGCGAAACGACAAAAUGACCUCAAAGUCCUUCUUGUGGCAAAAGGAAGGGAAUAAAUUACCACUAAAGUCCAUACACACUCUAAUAGUUGCACUGGUAUGAUAAAUCUCGGCAGUGCUCUUUUAAUAGUCAUGAGGGCAAUGGAAAAAAUCUCGGUGGGAGCUCGGAAGAGGUGCUGCCAUCGCUCCUAUCAGUUUUACAGUAGUAAAGAGAAAUGAUUUCCGCUUGUUAAAGGGUUACCAUUAAAUAGAGGUUCGCUUAAAGGAACUGCAGUGUCACAGCUGUCUAGUUCAUUUUGUUACUAUUGCUAAUUACAUGUCCUUAUUUACAGUGGAACUUGACGAUAGCAAAGAACUUACUUGCAAAUGAUAAAAUCACUGUUUCGUGUCAAAAAAAAAUUGUCCUCCAAGCAUUAUAUCAAAAGUUACUGAGAAAAGGAACGAUCUUUGAAAAACGGUUAGGCUAACAAGUUUUAAGAAACACAAUUGCAAACCGUUUCAAUCUUCCUUACGUUUGACCAUCCGUGCCUCCUAUUGUAUGUGCUGUGUUAUCUGUACCUUCUUAAAGUUUUGAGCUGUUAUUUUUAUGUUUCACUCAAUUUGGUGGCGAUUUCCACUGUUUCGUUACACAGCUCCUGUUAGACAGGUUUGACUGUUCAGCAAAUAAAAGCUUUCUCGUUCUGAUAGCUAUAUUCUAUUUAUUCAUCAUAACAGGUGGGUAAAACUCACGCCUACCUUCAUUUCAUCCGCCUUCUGCACUUAACAGUACAGAAACUACGCCGUGUGGACGUGUACAGUGAAGUCCUGUCUUCCCCAGGGGAAAGCUCUAUACAAGACAAUUCUAGCUCUUCCGGAGAUGAAGCCGACAAAAUGACGUGGCCUGUGUACAAAGAAAUCUCAAAACUUCCACUCAGUUGUGUGCUAAAAGAGCACAGAUACGUCAGCACCAGCAAGCUUCGGAUACACCCCUCUUCCGGACACGCCACUUCCGGUGACGUUCCUACCCAAUCAACGUCCCUCAAACGGUCGCUAAGACGACCAACUUCUUCUUUGAAGCUUUCUUUCUGGGCUGCGUAUGAUACUUACCAUCACUGCGACGCUUGCAAGAACUAUCGGGAGGACAGAGGACCCAGUUCCCCUCUAAGCUAUUUAUUCGCUCUCCAAGGUGGUGAGAAGCUGAGGUUUUUGAUCCCACAUCGCUGCUUACGGAGUUUUACUUUCACGAAGGAGAAGCAACUUCGCAGUCUUCGACUACCCGUGGUGCUGACUGGAGGGAACGGGGAAUUGAUUAAACCGCUUAAGACAGAGUCUGCUGUAAGCGAUGAAGAUGCAGUUGGUGUGAUAAAGAGUCCAAUCAUGAUGCCGAGUACGGGCAGACAUGAGUAUGGUGAGACCAAUCACACAGUUGUUACACAUAGUACAGACGUCACGUCUGAGCCAAUAGAAUUUAAAAUUCUUUUCACGUCAGUUAUAACCAAAUUCUUUUAUUUCAUUUGCCUACCGACACAUCAUCUCAUUGGUGGCCGCUUAAUAAAGGUGACAACAAUGGGAGAACUACUCUGGUCGGGGUUGGCAAUGGGUGGCCGUUUAAUAGUGGUUUAAUUUACAACUCUUUCCUACAAUUGUUUCGGAUCUUUGAUCGCUGGCUGCUUAAUAGAGGGUGGCCGCUUAAUGGUGGUUCAACUGUUUAUUGACCACUUCAUUCAUUUGAGGUAACGACAAGACAAGUUGUAAAGACCUUAUAUUCGAUGCUAUAGUUUGCUUGAAAGUAGAAGUUGUUCAAGAAACGAUCAGUUUUUCUCUUUAGGUCUUCUAAAUCUAUAUCAUGCCAUGGAGGGUGAGAACCAUAUCCUGCUUGUGUUUGUUAAGCACCAAGAAAUGGCUUUGUAUCACAAGGCCUGGCCUAAUCACGUGAUUGUCGGUCUACCUUCGAACGCUGAUAAUCUGGGCCUGGGUGCGGCUCGCUAUUACAUCAAGGUAUGUUUAAGUUGCAUCCUGUUCCGUUAGUAGUACAAAAAAAAUACCAAUAGUUACUCUUGUCAUGAAAAUCUGUUUUACAAACUUUCUGAGCGUAAAAGCUGAGGAAGUAAAUCUUAACGCUUGUUCGUUUGCUGGAUGUUCGCCUUAACAAGAGCUGAAUUUAUAAAACAAGGCUGACAUUGCUUCAGAAGAUUUGACAAGCUUACGCUUGCCUGUAACGUGUUAACAAGAUUUGUCAUGUACUUUCAUGCGAUUUUUUUCGCUCGUGGGAAAUAUCGUUACCGUGAUAUAAAUACCAUUUGAUAUCAUCUGUAGUCUUUUUGUCGUUUGUAAUUAAUUGCUUAAUUUUCUUUUUCAUUUGUUACUUUGUUACUUAUUUAGGAGUUUGCCACAGAAAAUUGGCUUGUGGAGCGAGAUCGACACGGAGUUGAGAACAAGCAUGGUCAAGAUGUGUGGCCGUUUAUCUUCAUGAUGGAUGAUUCAUGUGUUAUGUGGCAAAACCAUCUUCUGAAACAAUCUGCCAAGAAGUAAGUUCUUCUGUACACAUAUCGUUUUAAGGAAGCUGUGCAAAACUCAGUUUAUUCUAAUUCCACAAUAAGAACACUUAGGCUCCAACACCUCCAGAACAUUCCAAGCUUCAGUGGCAGAGGUCUGCUCUCAAAGCGUCAGCCUGCUUUAAGGUGAUGUUACACGGGACGAUUCGCAACAACGAUUUUUGCGCAACAUAGCUUUGCAAUGCUAGAGGAUCAUGCUAGAGCAAUGUUGUAACCAUUCGAAACAAUGCUGCAACGUUAUGUUACGUUAAAAGUCGUCGUUGCAACUCGUCUCCUGUAACAUCACCUUUACUUGACGCCGCAUCACACUUGAGUAACAAUCUAACCUUUUGAUCUGUUUGAGUACUAAAGUAUUUCGUCCUUACCUAUCCUUUCAGUUUUUCAUUGGCUAAAUAACUCUCUUUUCAGUAGUCGUUCUUUCAAAAAUUACGGGUAGAUAUUACAGAGUCCAUUAUUGGUGGGUUUUCAGCUGUUUCGGAAAACCAGUAACUUGGUUCGCGGGCCACAAAAGAUGUGCAACAGAUCACUUUUGUGCAAAAGAGAUGCUAUGACAUGUUGCUGUGUUUUCUUGUGUCUCAGGGAGGAAUCUUCCAACAAGGAAUUUGACGUAUCUUCCAGUGUGAUGACCUCCUUGGUAAAGGUUAUUCAGCACCUAGAAAAUACACCAGAUCUGAUGAAGUAUGGUAUGUUAGGUCUGCAGCAAUACAGCACAGACUCGGCUACCAGCUUGGUGCACAAUCAAGGCUCCUUUACGCACUGUCUCUUACACACCUCUGUUAUGAUGAACCUAGACAAGCUUCAAACCGUCAAGUAUGACAAGCACAGGUAUAUAACUCGUUUAACCUCAACACAUCUAGACUGGACACAUCUAGACAUCUAGACAUCUAGACUUUACUGGCCCCGAUCGUUCAAACGUUGAACAGCGCUAUCCGGCGAAUAAGUGUAAGGGAAACCAGUUGCGGAUAGAGAUAUAUCCAGUGGAUAGCGCUAUCUACCUUUUGAAGAACUGGUAGGACCCUGCUUAGUGUAUCCUCUAUGACUAAUAUUUACCUUAAAAUAUUACAACCACCUCCAGUAGCAUAAAAUAGCAGUUCCCUAGACUGCAUGAAGUUAAUGAGUUAUCAGCCCCCUUGCCUUAGACUUUGACGUUAAGUGCUUUGGUAAGUUGUUAGAGGACCAAACUUCAAGAAAAGUUGGUCGUUUGGGCUUUAGGAGAUGGGGUACCUUUUUUGGAGGCGGGGCUGGACCAAUUAUCUCUCGGGGGAAAACAUUUUCAUUUUUCAUUUUUUUAAGCGUAGAAAACCGGUUGAGGCAGUCUAUCACUGCACUACUGCCUCUUAGCCUUCAUGGGAAACCAGCAAUUCCUAUUGUUCCGUCAAUGCUACAGUCGACAGUAUCGUGUUUUGCUAUCUUAGUCGGUAAUGGAACUCGUUGAUAAAACAUGUGGGUAUCCUGUCUCACACAGGUACUGGUGGGAAGAUGAGAACUUCAGUUUAAAGGUACUAGCCAACGGAAUUCACACCUGCCGAUUUAAUCACCUGGUUGUCGCUAAGAAGUUCAUAGAGACAGGGGGAAACACCUCGUUUAAAGAGGAACCUGCUCAGAGCGCUGAAAGCAGAACAGACCUGCUACCGGGGGAUAAUCUAGUGACAGCACCUGACAGAGAGGAUGCAUCUUACCUCUCAGCCCCAGCAUACUACCUGUUGGAACGUUACCUUGAACUCAUGGGUGCCACCAAACUCUUCCCUGUUACCGCAGCUCACCCCGAACAUCCAGUUCUUGUGGUUGACUGCUAUGUUAAUCUGGGGCCCAAGCUUACAGUGGAAUUUGUUAGUUCAAAAGGAUGGGAAAAAGACAAGAAGACCGAUACUAGGAGUAAAACUAGGUAAGUUUGUAUUGGAACAGCGCUGAGGUUUUAUGAUUGAUGAUGACUGAAGAUUGAGCAUGGUGAGAUCUGACGUACCGUAAACUUUCAAAUGAAGAUAUGAUCGUCGCAGUGGUAAUUACAAUUUAAGCAAAUACAAAUUUACCCUAGAAAAAUUUUAGGACUUCAGCGGGAUUCGAACCCAUGGCCCAUUUUUUUCGGGUAAAUUUGCAAUUGCUUAAAUUGCAAUUACCACUGCGACGAUCAUAUCUUCAUUAAAAUUUGUAUUCUGAUUAUCUUCAUACCGUAAACUGCUGCUUAUAACAACCUCGUAGGGGGUUCUUAGGGUGGCUUAUAAACGGACGGGGCUGAUAACAGGCGCUUAGAAAAAACCUGAAGCAUUGCUGAUGAAAAUAUGUUUUACAUUUACUGUAAGGUUCGCUUAGUCUUGAAAAGUCCUUGAAUUUUAGGGGAAGUCCUUGAAAAGUCCUUGCAUUCCAUUUUCCCUUGAAAAGUCCUUAAAUUUCUAUGCAAGUCUUUAAAAAGUCCUUGAAUUUUCUUCACCUUUUAGUGUAGUGGCCUGGAAAAAGUUUUUUUCAUGCUUUUUGGUUGUCCAAGACAGACUAUGAAUCACAGCUCAGAGAAUUUAAUGGUUAUUUACGAAAAAUGUUCGAUGUUUUAUGCAAUAAUUAUCAAUUUAAGACAAAUGAACUGAAAAAUGUAGAGAAGUUGGUGAAGCAAACAGUUCAAGCCUUAAAUUAAAGCCUUAUUAGAAUAUACUGGGAAUGUGCAUUUUUGUACAGUCUGUGAAAAUAUAUUCCUGGUAGGUGGUCCUUGAAAAUCUAACAUGGUCCUUGAAAAGUCCUUGAAAAAUGGUUGCAAUUUUUUGUAUGAACCCUGUACUAGUGUUUAAUUAAACUUCAACACGUCGUGAUAAAUCGAAUUCAUACAUUUUGAGGGGGCCUUAUAAUCGGUUUGCGUGUGUUGGGCCUAUAAUUGCGGUGUGCUGUGGGGGCGGGGGGGGGGGGGGCCUUAAAAAAAAGGGGCAGUUUACAUCUUCUCCCUGGCCCGGGUUAACCUGUGCGAAAACGGCCUUCAUAUUUGCCCCCCCAAACGCAAAGGGAUAUCAAGUUCCAAACAAAAAAAAACUACAACAAAAUGUCGCUGGGGUUUUUUUUUCCCUUGAAAAUAGGGGGCCCACAAAAAAGCGAACAAAAGAAACCCUAUUUUGAAAAUAUUUUUAUAUGUUGUUUAUUUUUUUGUGUGUAAUUGAUGUCAAUUGUUAAAUUCCAUCUCACGGCUGUCGUAUAAUUUGAGUGUCUAUUUUUUGGGGGGUUUUUUGCGUUGGGUGUGUGGGGUGGGUAUAUUUGGGGGGGCUUGGGGGGGGGGGGGGGGGGGGGGGGGGCCUUAAAUAAAAGCGGCAGUUUACAUCAUCUCACUGGGCCUGGUUAACCUGUGCGCAAACGCGCUUCAUAAUUGCCACCGCAAACGCAAAUGGAUAUCAAGGUCCAAACACAAAACAACUACAACAAAAUGUCGCUGUGGUUUGUUUUUCACCUGAAAAUAGGGGAGCCACUAAAAAGCUAAACAAACGAACCCUAACACGAGGUAAACAGAUAUACUCCCGGUUUCCUUUUUCCUCUUCCUUUUUACGUUGUCCUGUAUUAAGUAACCGUUGUCGUGUCGUCUUGUAUCACCCCUCUCCGGGGUCCUCCUCAUUUGAGGAGAAGUGCUGCGGAUGAUUGUUGUAAAACUUGGUGUCCCUAGACAAGAAACAAACACGUCCAGGUACACGAGAUUCUCAAGGCAGCUUUCACUCUAUAACUAGACUUUUGACUCUCCUGGGUAAAAAUUCUUUAUUCUGUUAGUCUUUAAUAAAUUAAUUAAAUUGUUAAUUUAUUUACUGAUUUUCUCUAGUUACGGUGGCUUAUUGCUUUAUUUCUGCGAUCGUUCAGUGACCAAGCAGUUUCUUGCACAGUUUAAUUUCGCUCCACGCUCUCGUCUUUGUAUCGUCUGCCAAGACCGCAAUACUCUUAGACAGGAAGUGGCCAGGCUGGACUUGGAAGAAUGGUGGCGUUUCCGGUUACGGGAUGAGCUUCAGACUGCUAACAGCCCGGACGAACCUGCGCUUUACUUCCUCACCGGAAAACACGAUGACUAAAAAAAAGCAGCGAAUUAACACAGAAGCAGCGGGGAGGAAAAAUUUCGGGCAUUUGCGGAUCGCUUUGAAUCCCCUAGAUAUCACACCUACACUAUACGACAGCCUCCGAAGAUUUCCGAACGGCUGUUCGCUACUGAAAGCUGUCAGUCAGAGGACAUGCGUUAACGUUCAUCAAAGAUUUACCGAGCAAGACUAGGAUGCUGCGGAUUUAUUUUUUUGCGGCAAGUUCAAAACAUUUGACGAACACAACAGUAUAAAGCGUAUGAAAGACAGAGAGAGUGUAAAUUAAGUAACUAUUUAUAGAGAGAAAAGUUGUAUUGUAAGUACUUUAACCUCUUAACAGCGAUUAACGGAAAGUUUUAUUGAAGGUAAAGUGUGCAGGAAAAAUAUUAACGUUGUACAUUCAAUUGAAAACUAAUGAGCAGUGCGCGCGUUCUUGUCGUACUGUUUAUCAGGCUACACAAGUUGGCUCUCCAUUCAACUUUGACCUGUAAACUGAAUAGUCUUUUCAUCCCUCUCCAGCUUCGAGAAAUCUACCCGGGUAGUCUGACGACAUUCUGGUUGUACAGACCUGAUCCAGUUGACCAAACACAACGAAAGCGAAAAUAAAACAGAAAUCACCUGACAAAUGGCCGACUCAUUCAUCAAUUUAUUAUGAAGUGAUCCACUUAUGGUAGUUGA